ACCUGCUGAGCAGGUUCCCAGGUUUCUGCCGUCGUCGUUGGCCACGGCGUGGGAAGCAGCUCUGGGGGAGCUCGGAGCUCCCGAUCACGGCUUUUCGGGGGUAGCCGGAGCUGGGCGGGUAGAGGAGGGCUGGGUCCCCAGCAGAGACCCCGGAGGGAUAGGCAGGCGAGGCAGUGCCUGAGGACUCCGCGAUUUCCUGCCUUCCGGGUCGCGCCCUACCCAGCUCUAGAGCCGGCUCCCAGGGAGAACUCAGGGGACCGUCAGAAACACUGGGCGGCUCUGCCUUUCCACCGAUGCCCCUGUCCCUGGGAGCCAAGAUGCGGGGGCCCGAGGCCUUGCUGCUGCUGCUGCUGCUGCUGCUAUCGUUUCCAGGCCGCUGCCGGGCGGGCGAGCUGGAGACCUCGGACCCGGUGACCGUGGUGCUGGGCCAGGACGCCAAGCUGCCCUGCUUCUACCGAGGGGAGCCCGGCGAGCAGGUGGGGCAGGUGGCGUGGGCUCGGGUGGACGCGGGCGAGGGCGCCCGGGAGCUCGCGCUGCUGCACUCCAAGUACGGGCUGCACGUGAGCGCGGCCUACGAGGGCCGCGUGGAGCAGCCGCCGCCUCCACGCAGCCCCCUGGACGGCGCCGUGCUCCUGCGCAACGCGGUGCAGGCCGACGAGGGCGAGUACGAGUGUCGCGUCAGCACCUUCCCCGCAGGCAGCUUCCAGACGCGGCUGCGGCUCCGCGUGCUGGUGCCUCCCCUGCCCUCCCUGAACCCUGGUCCGGCGCUAGAAGAAGGCCAGGGCCUGACCCUGGCAGCCUCCUGCACAGCAGAGGGCAGCCCAGCCCCCAGCGUGACCUGGGACACAGAGGUCAAGGGCACCGCGACCAGCCGCUCCUUCAAGCACUCCCGCUCAGCUGCUGUCACUUCGGAGUUCCACCUGGUGCCCAGCCGCAGCAUGAAUGGGCAGCCACUCACCUGCGUGGUGUCCCAUCCGGGCCUGCUGCAGGACCAAAGGAUCACCCACAUCCUCCAAGUGGCCUUCCUCACCGAGGCCUCUGUGAGGGGCCUCGAAGACCAAAAGCUGUGGCAGGUGGGCAGAGAAGGGGCUACCCUCAAGUGCCUGAGCGAGGGAUACCCUUCUCCCUCGUACAACUGGACACGGUUGGACGGGCCUCUGCCCAGCGGGGUGCGAGCGGAAGGGGACACUCUGGGCUUUCCUCCGCUGACCCCCGAGCACAGCGGCAUCUACGUGUGCCACGUCAGCAACGAGCUCUCUUCGAGGGAUUCCCGGGUCACUGUGGACAUCCUUGACCCGCAGGAGGCCCCUGGGAAGCAGGUGAACCUGGUGUCGGCCUCAGUGGUGGUGGUGGGCGUGAUCGCCGCACUCUUGUUCCUCCUGCUGGUGGUGGUGGUGGUGCUCAUGUCCCGGUACCAUCGGCGCAAGGCUCAGCAGAUGACCCAGAAAUAUGAGGAGGAGCUGACCCUGACCCGGGAGAACUCCAUCCGGAGGCUGCACUCCCAUCACUCGGACCCCAGGAGCCAGCCGGAGGAGAGUGUAGGGCUGAGAGCCGAGGGCCACCCCGAUAGUCUCAAGGACAACAGUAGCUGCUCUGUGAUGAGCGAAGAGCCGGAGGGCCGUAGUUACUCGACGUUGACCACGGUGAGGGAGAUUGAAACCCAGACUGAACUGCUGUCUCCAGGCUCCGGGCGGGCAGAGGAGGAGGAAGAUCGGGACGAAGGCAUCAAACAGGCCAUGAACCAUUUCGUCCAAGAGAACGGGACCCUGCGGGCCAAACCCACGGGCAACGGCAUCUACAUCAAUGGGCGGGGGCAUCUGGUCUGACCCAGGCCUGCCUCCGUCCCCUAAGCCUGGCUCCUUCUGCUGACCUGGGGAUUUCUGUUCGGGGAGAGGGGGCUCUCUAAACACCCUAUUUCUUCAGGAAGAUGCUCCCCAUCCCGACUGCUCGACCUUUUCCUCCAGCCCCUCUGUUCGACCAAGGUGGGGGGGGCUCUGCUGGUUGAGUC